AAGACGCUGCCGAAGUAGAAAAGAACAGCUGAUCGCACCUGAUUCUUGAAGAUGUGGUCGUCGUCGUUCAUUGUUCAGGAACAGUUAGCAAGAUGUGAAGUAGAAGUGCUUGAAUGACUGGUGCAAUCGAGAUACCCUGUUUUCCGACCUUUAUCAAGGUUCCUCUUCGACACGGUCCACACUCAAGGCUACCAGACAUUUAUCAUAACAAACAACUCGUUUCCAAGGUCUCAUCCAGCAUCCAAUACCGAUCUUAGCCAAUUGUGCAUACGAUGUGAAGUCAUACUACUCUCUUUGCAUUCGUGGCCAUCAGGGAAUAACCGGAUUCUUUUGGGGAGCUGACCUUUGAAUCCACUUGCUUCAUUACUGAUCAAGACACGCCAUAAACGAAGAAGUAUCAAGAUUCAAGUUUCAAUUGAAUCAUCGCAAUUUUCCUCAACGACAUGAGUUGCGCAGACGAGGCGUCAAAGCCUCCGGAUCGAGUCCUGACUGACGUCGUUCCGGACAUGGAGCUCUCGGCGCCGGAGAAGGCUCACACCGAGGUUAUGCCAACCAUGACCGUGAGUUUGAAGGCUGUUAAAUCAGUCGGUGAGAGUGCGUCACCCGAGACGGAUCCUGAAGCACUCCUCGUGGCUAAUUUAUCUCCAGAAGACAUCCUUCUGGCUAAUGCCAAUCGACAAGAUUAUCGAUUGGACUUUACUGAGGUCGAGCGAGUGUUGGAAGCCGUUCCCGAAGAAGCCACGGCCACUUUGGCGCGAACCACGUCCACCAUCACGACCUCCACGACCGUCAUGUGUAGUCCACAGGUGACCGCAAGCCAAGAGCAACGAUCUCAAAUCCCUAUGGAGGCCCCUACUCCGCCCUUAGCCACAUUCCAUAUUUCCGAGAGCAAUGCCAGUGACAUUGGUGCGCUUUCCGAGCACAGUUUUCCAGCCAAUGGCACCAAUGGCGGGGACACUUCCAGCCGAAAUUCCUACAUGGCGGGGCUUGUGAAAAAUUCUCAACCACUGAGUGCCAAGCAACAGGUGGCUUUAUGGUUGACCCGUACUUCCAUGUCCGAUAUGUCCAGUAUGCCCAGUUUGAGGAGUCUGGUGUUCCCCUCGUCAAGAUCCAACACCAACAACCAGCGUCAGGAAGAUCGCUCCUCCUCGUCCCAUCGAAAAUCGGCCCGCUCCGAGAAAAACCGUGCUUGCCGCGGAAACGGAGACGUUCAUAGGAACUUCUCCACGAAGAGUCUCAUCAAUGGUUAUGGUCAGGGUCAAGGGAGAGACGGUGAUGCGUUGACCCCCCUCCCCAUGCGGAAAUGUGAGACGGUCAUGGCCAUCUCCGGUGGCAUGAGCACCCGCCCAUCAUCCAGCAGUGUCAUGAGCCAGGCCGGCACCCAUGCCAGUUCACGCCGAUCUUCCAUGAGUCUUUUUCGCAAGUUAACGGGCCGGUCCCGUGGAACCUCCAAGCGGGCUCCUUAUUCGGUGUCGUGUCAAGGAGAUCGUGGUCCUCCCAAUCAGAUGCACCCUUCGAGUUCGACCACGGGUAUGCGAACUCCUCGAGGGGCUGGUUUUGGCCAACAUAGCUUUAGUGUGGCGAGUGAUGUGUUCGGCGACAGUGGAAACCCUGCUCCUUUCCCGGGGAUCCAACCGAUGAACCGCCUUCGAUCCACUUCAUCGGUGAUGUGUUCCCGAUGUGCUUCGUCGAUGUUGUCUGUGUCCCGCUUAACCUCGAGAUACGCCAGUCAAAGCUCGUUGAUGCCGUCAAUAAGGCGGCCUUCUCUGGUCACGACGAUUAAUGACGAACCGGAGGUGGCCUGCAAGAUUUGUCUCUUGGAUAUUCCUAUGAAAGAGACCGCCAAGUUGCAGAAUUGUGGCUGCAGCUUCUGCAAAGAGUGUCUCAAUCAAUAUAUCUGCUUCGAAAUCAUGGAAGGCGCCUACGACAUAUCUUGUCCGGACUCUGAGUGCGAGAAGCAAGGUGUCAUCUUGCUCGAUGAAAUGGAAGCUAUCAUUGGUCUAGAUAUGGUGGAGAAAUACAAGAAAUUCAGGCUUAAUACCGAAGUGGCUCUGGAUUCGAAUCGAACCUGGUGCCCUGCCGCCAAUUGCAAUACCAUUUGUCACGUGUGCUUGAAUCACCCGUCUGAAGGUGAUCUGUCCUCGGCAGUCCCAGUGGAAUGUCCGAGCUGUUCCAAAGAGUUCUGUUCCAAGUGUUCGGGGAAUUGGCAUUCAGGCAUGACCUGCAAGCAAUAUGGCGAGGACUUGUACAAGCGAAGUCUAAGACCCGGCGGUGCCCGAGCGAGCAAUGGAGAUCUGGAUACCAUGAUUUUUGAUCGCUUUAAUGGCGAUAUCAAACCUUGUCCGAUGUGUCGAGUUCCAAUCGAGAGAGAUGCGGGAUGUGCACAGAUGAUGUGCAAACGAUGCAAGCACGUCUUUUGUUGGUUUUGUCAGACCUCUCUAGAUGACGACUUCCUACUUCGCCAUUAUGAUUCAGGGGCUUGCAAAGGGCUCCUUGGCCAUUCAAGGAUGUCGGUCCUUUGGCAUCGGGCUCAGGUCAUUGGGAUCUUUGCGGGUUUUGGCCUCUUGUUGUUGGUGGCCUCCCCAGUGCUUCUGAUUGCAGCACCCUGUAUCCUUUGUUGUCGAUGUAAGAUCAUCGAAAAAUUGGAGGCCGAUAUAGCAGGAGCCAAUUUGACCGGGGGUGGCAAUGGCCUGUCGUCCGACUCGCAAAGUCCCGACGAGUCACCCAUCAAGACCACCAGAAUCGGAUCCGAUUAAAGGGUCCCUCAACUAACAAAUUUGACGUGUCAAAGUAAAACUAACAACCCUGAAAACCUUUAUUCUCGAUUACCAUCCUAUGUGCGUAACAGCGCGGUGUAAAUUUGGAUUGGAUCCCUUGAAUCAAUUAUUUUUGUCAGAAACAAAGUCCUGUAUUUUCUAACUUUUAUUUCGUCCAUUGAUGUAAAUUGAACGACGAGGUCUCACAAGUUAUUUUUACUUGUUUGCCUCACAAAGAAGAACUUUAUUUAUUGACAGACACUCUGCAACUGUAGAUGCAAUGACCUGAUUCACUCUGAAUUGAAUAAAAGUCACUUGAUAUCGAA